CUCACACGCCUCUCUCCUCCCUCUCUUCAUUCUCUCCAAAAAUCCUCCAUUCAUCCUUGUUCUUGCAUCAAUUGGAGUUGAAACUUCAAGGUUCACCGAAGAAUCGCAUCAAUCUUUGUGUCUACCGUUCGUUUUGAUCAAGAAAGAUGGUACGGAUGAAAUGAACCGCAGUUAAGAGCUCCCAGUAUAGUGACCGAAUGCGACAGGCGAUACACGAUUACCGCAUCUACGAGAGAGAAGAAUGAAAAGCUCUAGGGGAGGUCGUCGCUCACUUCGAAACCCUGUGGCGAGAUGUCCUCGGGUACCAUGCGACAUCCUAUGGUGGCAUAAGGAGACUAGUUGAGCUGAUGCCCGAGAGUUGGAAAGAUUGGAUGGAAGCAACGUCCAGCCGAUUCACGUGGUACGAACCACGAAUUGACGGGAUGGAUGGCGACAUGAAAGGCUUUCUGAAGGUCUUGAAGUGUGCUCUAGUUGACUCCCGUUUUGAGCGACCACCGUCGGCAGAGAAGAAGGAAGAUGAGAUAGUAUGGGAGGACAAGCACAUGGUCGAGAUUGAACUCGUAGCAGGGGGCGAAGCCGGAGCAAGAGUAGGAAUGGUUCCGGGCUUCGUGGAUGACUAUGUGAUGGACAUGAUGGAUGAUGACGAGGCCCUCCGUCUGAUUGAUGAGUAUCACAGGAUAGAGGACCUGGAAGAAGAAGAGGAUCCGGAAGAGGAAGAGGAUCCGGAGGAAGAAGAAGACCCAGAGGAAGAAAGUUAGCGAUAGCUAGUUCGAUGUCGUUUUCCUUUUAAGUUGUUAGAACUAAAUAGAAGUAGUAUGUUUCCUGUUUUUGAGUCGAACGACUGUUUUGUUUCCUUUUCCGAGCUUCUAUAAAAGUUCCACGUUUUGAUC